CCUUUGCCGGAUGACACCGGUCGACACGCGGACGUCCGUCCGAUACACAGACCAGACGGAACGGAACGAAAUAGAAACGAGACCUGGCGAAACGGAGGAUAAGGGAGAGUUUUGACGCGCCACCGCGAGUCGGCGCCACGGACCGGGUGACUGUGCGCGGACCGGUGGAGACAUGCAGCUCAUGAGAUGGAGCAUCACGCGUCGGCUCGAAUCCCGUGGCAUCAAGCAAGGCACCUGCAGGCAAUCCAGGCUCUCUUGUCCCCAGUCUUCUGGAGAAGAAAAUGACUUCACGUCGGACGGCGAGGAGAGCGGCGGAGCAGGAAUCGGCGGCGACGAGGCCGUGGAUCUCACCGCGUCCAGGUCGCAUCAGGGCGACGAGGAUGAUAAGGACCAGGACGACGCUUUGGAGGAAGACGAAGAGGAAGGCGUGGACGAACAGGAUGAACAGGAGGACGACGAAGAAGGCUCGCGUAAACAGAUGCGUCACCGACAGGACGCGGAGAAUAACAACAACUUCGUGGAGAGCGGCGCGGCCGCUGGCCUCUUCCCGCCAGCCGGGACCAGUCACGUUACCCUGGAAGCGCUGCAAAACACGAAGGUGGCGGUCGCACAAUUCGCCGCGACAGCGCUAGCCGGUGGCGCGGACAGCGAGGCAGCUCUGCAAGACCUGGCGCUGCUGCAGAGCACAUUGUACACGUUGCAACACCAGCAGGUGUUCCAAUUGCAACUAAUCAGCCAGCUCCAGCAGCAACUGUCCAUCACGCACAACCAGUCGGUGCAGCCGCAAACGGUGGGCGAGCCCUCGGAUAACAAAGAAGUAUCCCCGUCGCCGAUCAUCCACCCCAAGCCUCUGUCAAGCCUGACGUCACCCCCGUCAUCGCGUCCGCCGAGCCAUCAGCAAACCUCGCCGGCUCCUAUGACGCCUAAUCUGUCCCAAGAACGCCCGACGCCGACCAGCAGCGCCUCGCCCUUGAAUCUCCCGCUACCUUCGUCGAACGUGACCGGCACUACCGCCGCCAAUAGCAGCAGCAGCGGCAACAGCGGCAGCCAAGUGCCGAUGUCCCAUCAAAUGCCGCCCCUGUGCUCCAUCAGCUCGUCCCUCGCCUCGUCGAUCAUAACCAACACCGAUCCACCGCCGUUGCACGAGCCAAACACCCUGGAGAUGCUGCAGAAGAGAGCCCAGGAGGUACUCGACAACGCCAGCCAAGGUCUGCUGGCGAACAACCUCGCCGACGAGCUGGCGUUCAGGGGCGGCAAAGGGUCCCGCCCAUCGCCGUACGACUCGAAGUCCGGCGGCGGCCGGGGCGAGCCGUUCUUCAAGCACCGGUGCCGCUACUGCGGCAAGGUGUUCGGCAGCGAUUCGGCCCUCCAGAUCCACAUACGAUCGCACACAGGUGAGCGACCCUUUAAAUGCAACGUCUGCGGCAGCCGCUUCACCACGAAAGGGAACUUGAAGGUCCACUUCCAAAGGCACACGGCCAAGUUUCCACAUGUUAAGAUGAACCCGAAUCCCGUUCCGGAACACCUGGACAAGUACCACCCGCCCCUGCUGCAGCAGAUCGCCUCCGGUCAGAGACCGAUGCCGUCACCGCCACCGCCGCCACCCACCUCUCAUCAUCCCACGUUUCACCCGGCGGCGGCGGCGGCACACGGUUUUCUACCUCCUCAGCCACCCCUGCCGCUCAGCCUUGCCCUGCCCGGUAUGCCGCCCCUGUACAGAUCGCCGGUAGUCGCUGCUCACCGGGACGACCAGGACGUACCGGAGAACCUAAGCAAACCCGUCACUACUGCCCCGACCACAUCUUCUCCACAUUCCCCCGCGAUUGUGUCGAACUCUCGUCAUUCCUUUCACGACAAUCACCAACAACAAAAGCAGCAGCAGCAGCAGCAGCAACAGCCGCAACAGCACCAGCAACAGCAGAUCGAGCAGAGGGACGAGAUCAAGCUGGAGCAUCGGUCGCCUAUGCAAGAGCAGUACCACCAACGGCCGACGAGUCGAGAGGCCGCUGAGAGGAUAACCCCAAAAAAGGAGCCGGAAGAGGCUGAGGAGCCCACGGAAGAGGAAAGCGAGGACUUCGAGGAAGCAUCCAGGAGGUAUUUGAACUCACCCCAGUCGUCCGUGAACCCGCUCUCUCAGCCGCAAACCUACGAAGACUGCAGCAUGGACAGCAAGAUUAGCGGAAGGUUAGAGGCAGACGGUGACAUGGAAGUCGACGAGGAGAUCGAGGAGCAGCCAGAAAACCUAUCCAGUCGGGGAACAAUGAACCGUCUGCCGCAGCAGGUCGUUGCUUAUCCAGGAGCUUCUCCAGCCAGCAGUAGCGCUAGCAGCGGCAGCCUUCAGACGUCUUUCGCUGGAAUCCUCUUUCCCGGUCCACCAGCCCAUCACCAGAUACCCCACCACGCAGCGACCUCGGCCGUAAACGCGCCCGCGAUCUCCGCCAACGAAAUGAUUGAUCCCGCGAAGGAUCCGGCCAUUUAUUCCAGUCUCCUACCGCGACCGGGCAGCAAUGACAACUCCUGGGAAAGCUUGAUCGAGAUCACGAAGACCUCGGAGACGUCGAAGUUGCAGCAGCUGGUUGACAACAUCGAGCACAAACUGACCGAUCCCAACCAAUGCGUGAUCUGCCACCGCGUCUUGUCCUGCAAGAGCGCGCUCCAGAUGCACUACAGAACCCACACCGGUGAACGACCGUUCAAAUGCAAAAUAUGCGGUCGCGCAUUCACCACCAAGGGCAAUCUGAAGACGCACAUGGGUGUGCACAGAGCGAAACCACCACUGAGGGUACUACACCAGUGCCCCGUCUGCCACAAAAAGUUCACGAACGCACUGGUACUGCAGCAGCACAUACGCUUACACACGGGCGAGCCGACUGAGCUCAGCCCGGAGCAGAUACAGGCCGGCGAGGUGAACGAGUUCCCGCCCGGUUAUCCUCACCACCCGUUAGCAUCGUUCCUACCGCAAGGGUUUCCGCCGAUACAUCCCGCCAGCGCGGGAUUUCCUCUAGGUUUUCCACCGAAAUUGGAGCUGAAAGAAGACAUCCAACAGCAACAGCACCAGCAGCAGCAGCAGAGGUACCCGGGAGAUCAGAGUGAAGAAGCGGAGGAUCAAGAGGACGAGGAAGAGGAUCGUAGGGAAGACGACGAACGAUGUGACGUGAACCGCGAAAAUCGGUGCGAGCCAGAAGACGAGCAUGAUCACGAAAGCGAGGAGAAUGAUCAUAAGGACGUCUCUUUGCCCAGUUUCUCUACUUCCCUCGCGGCUCUAGAGAACCAAGUGCGGACUAUCACCACGAUAGCUGCUUCGAGCGCAGGGAACGCCGGUAGGUCGCCACCGUUUCACCGGUACAACGGCAGCGAGAAGAGCAGUAGCCCGCCGAACCCCGGUGCUCCCCUAGAUCUGACCCCAAGGGCGUCCUCGACUCCAGCCACCGUGGCAUCGAUACCGACGCCGCCGCCGCCUCCUCAGACGGCUCCGACACACCAUCCACACCCAUUCGGCAUGUUCGCAGGCCUACUGCAAGCGGUCUCCUCGUCGCCAUCCACCAGCAGCAUAGGAUCCACGAGCGUGAAUAGUGUCAGUUCGAUGAACGCUAUGACACCGGGAUCCGGCGCCGCUGGGCCCCUGGCGUCGCUAACCACGUCGGCCGUGUUGGCUGCCACGUCCACCUACAAUCCGCUCGGCCUGGCUGUCGGAGGGCCAGCAGUGCGUGGAAACACCACAUGUAAUAUCUGCUACAAGACAUUUGCGUGCAACUCCGCGCUGGAGAUUCAUUACCGGAGCCACACGAAGGAGCGACCUUUCAAAUGCACCAUAUGCGACCGAGGCUUUUCCACAAAGAAUGACGGUUCCGGUCAGCAAACAUGCAACUGCACAGCGCAACCGUUGCCCGAUAAUAGUUCGAUCACUUCACCCGAUUCCCAAUAUCAAACAUCGUGCGCCAGUAAUCGAGAGAAACCGAAACGCAGGCGGCGGCGGCCUGAGGAACGGAAGAACCGGGGGCGGAGAGCUGCCGGAGGGGGGCGGGGGCUGACACCUGUCUAUCCUGCCAUCCGCCUACCCCCGCUGAUGUCACCCGCCCUCGGACUUCUACCCUCGGCGCACAGCCUCCUGGGUAACAUGAAGCAGCACAUGCUGACCCACAAAAUCCGUGAUAUGCCACCGCAUCUGUUCAGCGACUCGAAGCAGCAACUUCAGCAGCAGCAGCCGCCGGAGCACGAGAGCUCGAGGAGUCCUAUGUGCGCGGAGGACGUUAGCCUGCCUCCGCCUCCGCCGCCUCCGCCUCCACCACCGCCGAUGCCGCCAACAUCGAUAGAGCAGACGAUCGCGGUGAAGAGAUCCCCGUCCGAAGGAGAGCUGCCAGCGCCAAAGAGACCAGCCAGCGUGCCGAGCAAACACUUGUGCCAGAUUUGCAAUAAGAAUUUCUCCUCGUCCUCGGCGCUACAGAUCCAUAUGAGAACCCACACGGGCGACAAACCGUUCCGGUGCACCGUCUGCCAGAAGGCGUUCACCACCAAGGGCAAUCUGAAGGUGCACAUGGGCACUCAUAUGUGGACCAACGGGGCGUCGCGACGAGGCCGUCGAAUGUCCCUGGAUCUGCCUCCCCUACCAAUCACGCCCAAGGACUCGGAGUUUCUCCAGCGGCGGCCGGAUCUCUUUUACCCGUAUUUACCCGCGCCGUUCCUUAACGGCGUGCAGCAGAAGUUGAACGAGAUCUCGGUGAUCCAAAGUAACAACGGCCUUCCGGGCCAUUCUGUGGCGACCGGCAAGUACGCGGGCCUGUUUGGCUCGGUGUACGCGACCGGGGCUGGGUUCCCUUUGGACAAACAACCUAUGGCGGCUACAAGCAAUGGGCCCCUGGUCGACGGGAAAUCAUCGAUUCCAUCUGGGUCCAUGCUCUUCCAGACGUCCUCGCCGUCCCAUUCGCCUAGCACGCCGUCUUCUAACGGUAGCAACCAGAACUCGUCGGGGGUCCCCAGUUGGACAGGUGACGGGCUGCAGCAUCACUACGACAGAGAGCCUUCGAAUCGAUCAGAAGGCGACUCGACACCACCGUCUACGCGACUCCCGCCGCCCCCAGCGGCCAGAGGCGAAGGGUUGGCCACGUGAAGUACAACCGGUACAUAUCUCUCACGUUCAACGCUGCACGCAAUCGGAAACUGAACUCCGCCCCGCUCUAGCCAGCCGAUAGAAGAGUGGUGGUUUGAGCCAGGCCAGUGUGCAUCCAUUCGAGUGCAUUGGGAAAUGAAAGAGACUCAGGACCAGAAAGUCCGACGACAUAUCUUCUCGUUAACACCCAGAGCCAGCAGAUACCAUGUUCCUAUUGUCACACUAGUCUUAAACGUGUUAAAAGAGGACUGAUGGGGCUUGGUCAAUACCGGGCCCCACGUCCCGGUUCCCCAGAACCCCCGUGACGUGGUUUCGUACGAGGGUCCGACGUGCGCGGUGCCUAGACUGAGCCGGUCGGGCCGCAAGACACGUGGUGCCGCGACGUCCCGGCCCUUCGUUAAUUCUCGACCGUCCAUGCGCGUCAGUGAUGGUCACCUCACUUAGGCUUAUUUUACGUUACAAAAUGUUCCGCGCAAACGGUGCCAUUUAGCUCUUCGCCAUACGAUAGAAUCGCUAUGCUACUGUUCACUGUGCAACGAGAAAGAGAAGUUCGAUGAUGUCCAAUUGGUCCCGGAGUCUAAUUUGCUCCUGGACAUUUCUCUAGAGAAUCUCGAGCCCCGAAUAUUUAGUUAAAUUUUGUAUCGCUUUUGAAAACAGCGCAGUCUCGUUGCACGGUGAAUUGUAAAUGGUGCAUUUAAACUGGUGGGGUUACACGGCAUGUUCUGCGCGAGAUGAUAUAAAUAUAUACAUAAAAGAAGAGAAAGAUUAUAUAUAUAUAUAAAUAUAUAAAUAUAUAAAUAUAAAUAUGAAUAUAAAUAUAAAUAUGAAUAUAAAUAUAAAUAUAAGUAUAAAUAU